UCUGGGGGAGGAAAAUUCCACCGGACGCCACGCCGCCGAACGCUCCCGGCCUCUCCCCGUCUUCUUCCUCGCAUCCGCGUCCGUCCCUUCCCGCUUCUCGGCUUCCUUAAUCCCGCGCUCGCCGCCCCGAUUCGUCCCCGCCACCGGGAAGCACGCGCGCAUGGCGGACCAGCUCACUGACGACCAGAUCGCCGAGUUCAAGGAGGCCUUCAGCCUCUUCGACAAGGACGGCGAUGGUUGCAUCACAACCAAGGAGCUGGGAACUGUCAUGCGUUCACUGGGGCAGAACCCAACGGAGGCUGAGCUCCAGGACAUGAUCAAUGAGGUCGAUGCUGAUGGUAACGGCACCAUUGAUUUUCCAGAGUUUCUCAACCUUAUGGCUCGCAAGAUGAAGGACACUGAUUCAGAGGAAGAGCUCAAGGAGGCCUUCCGGGUGUUUGACAAGGACCAAAACGGUUUCAUCUCUGCAGCCGAGCUCCGCCAUGUCAUGACAAAUCUUGGUGAAAAGCUAACCGAUGAGGAGGUGGACGAGAUGAUCCGUGAGGCUGAUGUUGAUGGUGAUGGUCAGAUCAACUAUGAGGAGUUUGUCAAGGUCAUGAUGGCCAAGUGAGCCACCAAACGAUAAUCUCAAGGCGGAGAAGAUUGUGCAUUGCAUAUUAGUCAAGAUGCAACUCUUAUUUCAUCAACUUCCUGUGGAACGUUCUACUAGCUGUAGUUGCCAAAAGGACAGUACAGUUCCUGCUGUGUUAUUCUCUCCACUGUGUUUUCAGAUCUUGUGUUUUAUGUGAACCUGUAAUGCUUGCCUUCCCUGUAUGUCCUGAUUGCAGUUGGACCCAUAUGUAGUUAUAUUUUUUCCA